AUGUUAACACCGUAUUAUGGGGGUAAUCCCGCAUAUUACGACGACGAUUAUGAUGACGAUUCCGAUGAUGGCGAGGCCUACUAUGAUUUUAGCGAAGAAGAUCUUCUAAAAAGCUUCUAUAACAUGCCCUUUGGAUUUCUUCAACAGAUUUUGUUAGAUUCUUAUAUGUCUGAUGACUUUGAAUCGAGGCUAGCAGAUCGUAGAAGCAGGGAACCAUAUGAUGAAUAUAUGUAUGAUGAGAUUUAUGAGCAAAGUGAUGAUCUCAAGUCAAAACUUAGUGAUUUAGUAUCCCAGAAGGUCAAAAACUAUGAAAUUAUCCAAUGGUUUCUCGACAAGCGCCUCUAUUUUUCCAAUGACAUGUAUUCCAAAAUUUCAGAAGUGACAAAAGUAGCAGACAUCAACAAAGGCAUCAUAAAAUUCAAAGAAUCAGUGAUCAAAUGGUCCAAUGACAGCAACAAAAAGGAAUAUGAAUGGUUAGAAGCCUUAGCAAAAUUUUCAUUAGUUUUUGAAUUGGUUCAAAGGUCACAAGAAACAGAUUUGAUUGCUAUAUAUAUAUAUUAUCUCAAUGGUUUAAAGUCCUUGUUGAGCAUCUCCAGGACGUCUGCUCCAAAAAAGACUGCUCUAUCCUCACAAGAAUCCAAAAAGAAAUUGAAUUUGGUUUUUACACAACGAUAG